AGCGACCGGUUCAAUCAUGUCUAUGAAUAUCUGGGUGUGCCGUACCAGGAUGUGGCGCUGCUGCCACCGUCCAAGUUGUAGUUUUUGCUUGCGCUUGAAACCUCAAGGCGCAGCAAACGUGAUGGAACAAAUUGGUUUGAUCAUUGAUAAGAAGCGAAUUGAUUGCGAUUUGUCUCUUGUCAUGUAGACCGCCAUAAAUAUACAGCGUUUGCCGCUCUAGACUAGGAGACCCCAAGCCGCUCCACCCAAGACCUCCAACCUUUGCCAACGUCUUCACCCAAGUUGUCCCAACCCAUCCUCAACCACGCCAUGGCGCCCCUCGAACUCACACUGAUCGUCGCUGCGACGCGUCAAAUGGGCAUCGGCCUCAAUGGCACGAUGCCCUGGACCGGUCUGCGCAAGGAGAUGGCCUAUUUCCGACGCGUCACAACGCGCACUCACGCAUCAUCCGGGUCGCCGCUCAAUGCCGUCAUCAUGGGACGCAAGACCUGGGACUCCAUCCCGUCUCAGUUCCGGCCUCUCAAGGAUCGGCUCAAUAUUGUCAUCACGAGGUCGGCACCCGCACAGCCCCCCCGCGACGUCCUCGCCACAGAGCCCGUCAGGGUAUCGACCUUGGACCAGGCGCUGGCGUAUGCGCGCGGGCACGACAUUGCUAGGGUGUUUGUCAUUGGUGGCGCCCAGAUCUACGACAUGGCGGCGCAGAAGGCGAAGCGCGUGCUGCUAACGAGGAUCGAGAGGGACUUUGAAUGCGACACGUUCUUCCCUAUCAAGCUCGAGGGUACGCAGAGCGCGGGGUGGGCUAAGAAAAGCCGAGACGACUUGAGAGCAUGGACGGGAGAGGAUGUCGAGGAGGAUGGGCAGGUAGAAAACGACACCAAGUACCACUUUGAGAUGUGGGAGCGAGAGGAGUAGGCAGUACGCAGUGUACGGUACGAUACGGUACGAUCUGCCUAUCCAACCAACCCAUGCCUGUGAAGAAGCCACGAUAAUG